GAAACAUGGAUUUUUUGCAGGCCAUUUGUUUUUAAUAGUUCAUUUUUAAACCUCGAAAUUCCAACAUGAGGUUUCCAAAUUUUUAGUAUCUUUCCCUUCUUCCAAAUUUCAAGUGGUCUGUUUAAAAAAUGGCUGAUGAUGAAAGUUUUACUAUGAAAUUCAAUAGAUGUCUUGAGUGCGACUCCAACUGCUCAGAUGAUAUGUGCGAUAGCAAUAAAACUUUUACCUGUUACCAGUGCGAGGAUGGAUUUUUUUGCCAAAAAGAUGAGCCUUGCAAGAAGAAAGCCAAGGACCCUUGCAAAAAACAGGACAGCUGUCGAGAUAAUAGUGACCAAGAUGAAUGCGGCGGCAACUCGUGCCCAUCCAAGGGCCGCCGCUGCAGUGCUAAUGCUGACAUGAAGAUCGUUCAGAUCAAUAACCCAACUGCACAGCGGAAAUGCUUGCUCUCCAGCUGCGGCAAAAAAGUCGCCAAAUGCAAGUUCCAAGAGCAUGUCUGCACAUGCCAUCCUAAUUGCAAAAUUCUCAAUGAGGACACCUCAUUUCACAUCUGCACAGAUAGCCCGAAACGCCGCACUGUUCUCAUCAUUGCUCAUUCAGAGCUUUUCUGGUUCCACGUUUACAAUGACAAGUCCAAACAAACAAUCUUUGCAGUGGUGCAGUGUCUUGAGAACAAAUGCGAGGCAGACAAGUACACUUAUACGAUAAAGAUGGACUCAUGCACUGUUCAGUUGUGCUUCUCGCAGACGACGAUUCCUUGUGAUGAGGAUUUCAAUGAAGUUCUCAGUGGAGGAAAUUGCUUCUCUGUACCCUACUGCUUGGUUCAGAGCUUCUCACAAGGAAAACAGUACCGUAACGGACGCCUUGUCAUUUGCAAACGGGAAGAGGAUUCUUACUAACAAAAAUUUUAUUAUUUUUGAAGAAUGUUGUUCAGUUAGUCGCUCUAAUUUUUAUCUUUUUUUUAGCCCACCACAUGCCUCCAAAAAAUGAAAGAUCUUUUAAACUUAAAAAACUUUUUUCCUGCAGAACACUUUUAAUUUAUUUAAAAAUUCAUCGAAUUUAUUAAGAGAAUUUCCAUCAAUCUUUUUAGAUAAGUUACUCGCAAGUAAUCAUCGAAAACUUUUUUCAAUAGAUUGUGCACCAAAGAUUUUUUUUUGCUUCUUUCUUCCUACCCGUGAUGAAAAAACGAACCAAUUUCAGUGCUUGACCAAUUUGUUACUUUAUUUUUCCUUAAUAAAAAAACCUACGUGAAA